AAUGGGAAUCGAAGACUCCAUUUUGAGGUUAUAUCAAUUUCCAACAGCUGUUCCAAAAUCAAUUCGGAUUCUACCUGUUUUCUGACCUCUUGCUACUGCAAUCAAAUAUCUAUAGAAUCCAUAGUUCUUGUGUUAAAAGGUAAUGCUAAAUGCAUAAUUUAUUGUUAAAUAAUUUUAGACCACAUGUUGGGUUGGCUUAAAAAUAACAACAAAGAAUUUUGAUUUUGUUGAGAAAUGGUUGUCAAUUAUUUAUCUCGUGGCUUAUAUCUGUCCUUGUUUUAAUCACGACUAAAGACAAGGACAGAAACUCUACUAUACUAAAAAGAAUGGCGAUUUGUGCAAAAAGAACUCAAAGAAGAUUGAUUGCUUAACUUAACCCUAAAAAUUUGACAUCAAAAUCAAAUCAAAUCAUCACCCCCCUUCUUCCUACUACUAAAUAAUUAAUCACUUCCAAAAAAAAAGAUAAUUUGAGAAGGCCGGCCUUUGAAGGCUCACCGUAAACUCGUCAAUUACCAGGCUCCAAUAUGCCUCCAGUGGAUAGCACACCCAAUAUUUAUAUGGGAAACUUCGAAUUGGUGUAUUCCCUAAAGGCAUUCAAUAAAAUUCCCGUUUCCGAAUACGUUUCGAAAAAGACAGGCUUGACUGUUUGUAUUGCCGAAGUCGAAGGGCCUGUGGUCAAUGGAUAUUUUUGUCUUGCCACUGAAGCUUUCGACGACGAUGGCUUACCUCACACCCUCGAACACCUCAUUUUUUUGGGCAGCGAAAACUACCCCUACAAAGGCGUUCUGGACUUGUUGGCCAACAGGUGCUUAGCCUCGGGCACCAAUGCUUGGACAGACAUCGACCAUACCUGUUACACAAUGGAAACAGCUGGAUCUGAAGGAUUUUGCUCCCUUAUGCCUAUAUUUUUGGAACAUAUUUUGUAUCCUGUUUUAAGUGAUGAAGGCUUUGUAACUGAAGUCCAUCACAUAACAGGUGUAGGUGAAGACGCUGGCAUAGUUUACUGCGAAAUGCAAGACAGAGAAAACUCGGCAGAAUCCAGAAUGCAUUUAUCCAUAGCCAGGAAUAUUUAUCCGGGUCGUUGUGGAUAUUCUUCAGAAACUGGUGGUAUUAUGAAGAACUUGCGUGAAUCUACCAGUAAUGCAAAGGUAAGAGCUUACCACAAAGAAUUCUACAGGCCGGAAAAUCUCAAAGUCAUUAUAACUGGACAAAUUAAAGCUGCUGACAUCUUCAAGGCUUUGGCACCAUUAGAAGAGCUAAUUUUAUUAAAGGAUGAUAGAGGUCCAUUCCAAAGACCUUGGCAAUCUCCAGUCCCUCCGCUAGACUCUUCUAAAGAUUUAACCAUUAAAUAUCCAUCAGACGAUGAAGAUAAUGGUCUUUAUGCCAUGGCCUGGAGAGGGCCCUCUUGUGUUACAGAUUUAUAUAGUUUAACAGCUUGUUCGUUGUUAUUGAAAUAUUUUACGGAAAAUUCAAUUUCUCCUUUGCCUAAAGCGUUUGUGGAGACUGAUAAUCCUUAUGCUAGCAAUGUCUGUUACAAUUUGUAUGAGAACUCCGAAUCCUGUCUAUAUCUUAUUUUUGAAGAUGUCCCUAUCGCUAAAGUUAAUUUGGUUAGAGACAAACUGAGGUCUCAAUUGCAACAAAUUUUGACUGAAGGCGAUAUCGACAUGAAGAGCCUGGAAAGUAUCAUUACUAAAUAUAAAUUGGAGAAUAUUAGUAAUAUCGAAAAUAGUCCGCAUCAGUCAGUUGCUUUCAUGAUUAUCGGACACAUGCUCUAUGGGAAUACUAAAAGUGAUCUUGAACAACGAGUCAAUCCUCUAGAAGACCUUGCCAAACUCAUCAAAGAACCAAAAUCGUUUUGGCUCAACAUCCUCGACAAAUAUUUUGUCAGCAACAAAUACAUUUCGGUCGAAUGCUAUCCAAGCAAAGAAGAACAACAAAAAAUGGCCAAAGAAGAGAAAGACCGUGUGGAAUCUCAAAAGCAAACCUUAUCUGAAACAGGCUUGAAAGAAAAAGGAGAAAUUUUACAAAAAGCUAUUGAUUUUAACGAGAGGGAGCCGCCAGCGGACAUGUUAACUUCGGUAGCUAUUCCUAGUACUGAAUCGAUUAAGUUUCAUAAUAUUACUAGAUACAGAACUGAUUUGAAAAAUGUAAAACUCGAUUUGUCUGGAACUCCAGUUUUUACUUAUUUUGAUGAUUUGAAGACUAGUUUUGUUUAUCUUUAUGCUCUUUUGGAUACUUCAACUAUUCCUUCAGAUUUAAGAAUUUAUCUGCCAUUGUUUUUGGAAGCCUUACUUGAACUGCCUAUAGAGAGAAAUGGAGAAAUUAUACCUUUUGCCCAAAUUGUGUCAGAGUUAAAUGAUGAUACAGUUUGUACAAGCACUUCUUUAGGUUUGGCCUCCAGCGGUUUGUUCAGCUGCGGUAGUUAUUCGCAAACAGCGUCAAUUUCAUUGCAACUUGAGGCUAGUAAGUACAAAAAAGGACUGACUUGGAUUCGUGAGCUUCUCUAUCAAACUAAAUUUACCGCUGAAAGGCUGAAAGUUAUCGCUAUGAAAAUGAGCAACGCUGUUUCCCAGGCUAAAAGGAGCGGUAGGAAUGUUGCCUCUUAUGCUAUGAAGAGCCUGUGGUAUACAAAAGAGAGUAACGUUUACGUCAACGGUAUACUAGUCCAAAACAAAUUCCUGGCAGAAAUUAUUCAAAAAUUGAGCGGCGAUAGCGCACAAGAAGUAGUCCAAAAUUUAGAAAAUCUACGGGAAACUUUAACGAAACCAGAAAACCUUAUCCUUUACGUAGCAGGAAGUUUGGAUAAUCUUCCAGACCCUGUGACACCUCUGAAGACCUUUUUACAGACUGAUAAACAACGAAUUUUAAAACCCUUAAAUCCAACCCCUGACCACAAAUUGCUGUGCAAUCUGGAAAAUAUUCCAACUCCUGGCUGUAUAAUCGGUUUGGGUUGUAUAGAGUCUGCUUAUUACUAUCAAACGGCCAAAUGUAUAACGUCGUUUGACGAUCCAGAUUUGCCUGCGCUGAUGCUUUAUGUGCAAUAUUUAAUACAAGCCGAGGGUCCGAUGUGGAAACAAAUCAGGGGCAAAGGUUUUGCCUACUCUUACCGAAUGUUAGUCAAAGUAUCUGAAGGUCUCAUCUAUCUUAUAUUGGGACGGGCCUCUAAUUUUUUGGGCGCCUAUCAGGAAUCUAAAGAGAUUAUGGACAAACAGCUUAGUAAACAGGAAUGGGACACUACCCUUCUAGAUUCUGCCAGAAGCUCUUUGGUUUUUAGUAUCAUUGAAGAGGAAAAGACUAUUGGUAGUACGGUGGGGUUGUCAAUAAGAUCGUAUUUCCAAGGGGUGGAUUAUACUUACAACAGAAAAAUGCUAGAACACCUCAACAAAGUUACUAUAGAAGAUUUAAAUAGGGUUGGAGAUAAGUAUAUUGCACCAUUAUUUGAUCCGGAACAAGUUAAAACAGCUCUGGUAAUUGACCCGGCUAAACUUGAGGAUUCAGUGGAAGGACUUAAAAGGUUUGGACUAGAACUGACAGCAUACUCUUCACUAGAAGAAAGUUUCCUAAACAAGGUAUAAAACAUUAAUUAUAUGAUAUAUGGACAUCCUAAUGUGUAAGACAAGCUUGAUAUUUUAUUUUUGUUAAAACUAUAGAAGUUUUAAAUAACUUUAUACUAUAAUAAUUAUUGGUCUUCACUUUAUAUGGCUGUUUACGCAUUUACGUAGUAUUUUUAUCACAUCAAUUUUAUAAUCUAAAUAAUGUAUUUUAAAAUAUAUAAACGGAUAUUGAAGCUGGAUGUAGAUUUUUAUUUAACGGCGUCUGAUGUCAAAACAAGGUUUGCACCAAUGAAGAUUUCACGGAGUAUAAGCUGUGAGUCGUGACUCACCCAAAAAUGUAUGUUUCCUAUCAAAAGGGUCCAAAUUAGCCAUUAAUGUACCUAUAGUCUUCCACUACUUACCCCGAUGAAAAUCUGUAUGCAUAAAAAAUACUAGAAAGAGACAAAUACAUAAUGCAUUUUUAUAAAUAUCAAUUUAUUAUGUACAUCAUGUUUAACUAUAAUUUGUAUAAAGUUUUAUAAGAAAUUCUUCACAACGAAAAUAGAACAAAAAAAAAACUACAACAUAUAAAGAUGGAUUUUUGUAUUAAAAACUCAUCAAGUGAUAACCAUGAAUAAGUAUUGAUAAUAAAUCGUCAAUAGGCGUUUUCUUCGAGUUAUUUUAGAAGAUCCAUUUGAAUCUGUAGAGGCUCUUCAGUUACCAUCAAUCAUAAAAACUUACUAACAUAUACACAAGAAUAUCACAAAACAAUAUAAAUGAUCAAAAAUUCUUCAGUCCUUAUUUGGCAAACCCGUUCAGUUCCAAUUUUGUAUCGGUAAACUGCAUGUGGCUGUCAAUAAUUUGAAAAAGUUCAGCCGGUUGUGGUAUUCUACCGCUUUCCAAUUUGGACCAUAUUGGAACACCAUUGAGUGUAAUUUCAAAGGCCCCCGACGAUAUCAGUUGGCCUUCAAUGACGUUGCACAGGAAAAACAGCAUCAUGCAAGCGUAGAUCUUGUUUUCUAGACACCACCUCCACCAGCUGGGUUGGGGCUUGUUGAUGUAGUCGAAAAUGUUGACUCCGCCCAAGAUGCAAACUAUUAGUGCCAUUUUGAGGGUACC